UAGAAUAUUAUGAUGAAAAGUCUGAUGAAAAGCUAGCUUUUCGUUUUUAAGUCUGCAAAAGACAUUCGAGUUUUCAUUAUCUUUCAUAAUUUUCUUACUAUAACUUUACUAUUUCUAUAUUUGUUGUUUAUCAUACAAUAUGAAUUGAACAGUUUUUAGUUACAACUGUUUUUAGAAUAAAUCGCGUCCUAUUCGACCCUGUCAAUACAAAGUUUUAGUGGUAAAAUGUUGACGAAAAAAUAUACAAUACUGUCUAGAAUUAGACAAAGAAGUCGUUGUUACUGCAGAUUAUUAUCGAGCCAGGCUAAUGUUGCUGAAACAGACAUUCAGUUCUCUAAAGGAUCACCUCUAAAGCUCUCAUCAGGCCGUUAUGCGAGGUUUGCAGAUGGGGCAUGUGUCGCAACAUUUGGCAAUACAAGUGUGUUAUCCACUGUUGUAUCCAAAGCCAAACAGAGUAAUAACUCCUUUCUACCAUUAGUAGUAGAUUACAGACAGAAGGCAGCUGCAGCUGGAUCGUGAUUCCUACUAUUUUUUUAGGAGAGAGUUGGGUCCUUCUGAAAGAGAAAUUCUCACCUCACGUUUAAUAGACCGUUCCUUACGACCACUAUUUCCACAAAACUACAACUAUGACACGCAGAUUGUCUGCAACAUGCUCGCUAUGGACGGUACAAACCCGCCAGAAACAGUUGCUAUUAAUGCAGCCAGUGCUGCAUUGGCUCUAUCUGAUGUGCCUUGGAAUGGACCUAUUGGGGCCGUGAGGCUAGGACUAAUAGACAACGAACUCGUAGUGAACCCAACUCGUAAGGAUUUGGAGAAGUCAUCGCUGAAUCUGGUGGUGACCGCCACCAAGAGCAACCUGGUGGUGAUGCUGGAAGGAAGCGCUGACAUCAUCUUGCAGCAGGAUUUGUUGAAGGCUAUCAAACUAGGUACCAAAGAAGCCCAGCACAUAGUGAGGGGAAUAGAGAAGCUACAGAAGGACCAUGGCAAAAUGAAAAGAGAAUAUGAAACUCCACCACAAUUAGAGCAGAGUAUCAUAGAUGCUAUAAAAUCCUUAUCAACUAUGAAAAUAAGGGAAAUAUUAAGUGACCGCACCCACGACAAGAUCUCUCGUGACGUAGCGAUAGCAGAACUCAGGCAAACGGUACUCAACCAGCUACGAGACACAGAAGUGGAUGUGAACCAACUAUCUGACGGAUUCAACACACACCUUCGGACCAUAUUCAGAGAUAUGAUAUUUGAGACUGACACAAGAUGUGAUGGACGACAUUUGGAUGAACUGAGGAAUAUUAGCUGUCAGGUAUCGCUCUACGAGCCGUUGCACGGCAGCGCGUUGUUCCAGCGCGGGCAGACUCAAGUGUUGUGCACGGUUGCGUUUGACUCGCCGGACAGUGCGCUCAAGAUGGACACGCUCACUAUGCUUAGCAGUGGUAUAAAAGAAAAGAGUUUCUUCCUGCACUACGAGUUCCCGUCGUACGCGACGGGCGAGGUGGGCCGCACGGGGGCGCCGGGCCGGCGCGAGGCGGGACACGGCGCGCUCGCCGAGCGCGGGCUCGUGCCCGUCGUGCCGCACGCGCCCUACACCGUGCGCCUCACCGCGGAGGUGCUCGAGUCCAACGGGUCGAGCUCCAUGGCGUCGGUGUGCGGCGGGUCGCUGGCGCUGCUGGACGCGGGGCUUGCGCUGUCGGCGCCGGCGGCCGGCGUGGCGAUCGGACUCGUCACGCGCCGGAACGAGACGGGCAUCGACGACUACAGAAUACUCACUGAUUUGUUAGGUAUAGAAGACUACAUGGGUGACAUGGACUUCAAAAUGGCCGGCACAAAAAAGGGCAUCACAGCACUUCAAGCAGAUAUCAAAAUACCAGGCCUACCGCUCAAGAUCGUCAUGGAAUCCGUGCAGAAAGCAUGCGAUGCCAAGAGCAAAAUUAUCGAUAUUAUGAAUCAGUGUAUCGAUAAACCUAGACAAAGUCACAAAGACAACAUGCCUGUGAUCGAGGAGAUAGAAGUGGAGGUGCACAAGAGGUCCAAGCUGGUCGGAGUCGGCGGCGCCAACCUGAAGAAACUAUACGUGGAGACUGGUGUGCAGGUAACGCCAAUAGACGAGACGAAGUACAGUAUAUUCGCGCCGUCGCGCGCGGCGCUGGACGAGGCGCGAGCGCGCAUCGCGGCGUGGCUGGCGAGCGAGCGCGCGCCCGAGCUGGAGUUCGGCGCCGUGUACCGCGCGCGCGUCGUGGACGUGAGGGACGCGGGCGUGCUCGUCACGCUGUACCCGGGCAUGGCGCCCGCGCUCGUGCACAACUCGCAGCUCGACCAUAGGAAGAUAAUGCACCCUUCGGUCUUGGGCCUGGACGUGGGCUCGGAGCUGCAGGUGAAGUACUUCGGCCGCGACCCGGUGUCGGGGCAGGUGAGGCUCUCCAGGAAAGUGCUGACGUCACCGCCGCCAGGUGUCGUCCGGAAACUGGACAAGAGCUAAUGUGAUGAAGUAUUACAGUUUGUUGAAAAGGGGACAGUGUUCAUACGUUUUUAAUACCAUAGGUAUUGCUGCUAGGUACUGUCAGCCCUAAAUAAAUGUAUAUAUUGGUGGCAAAAUAUUUGUAUCCGCCAAGGGAGCCCCGUGUGUCGCGUUCCGGGGUUAGCCUAUUUAUAUUCGGUUUCAGAGGCCGGUAUAAUUGGGUCGACUGGUGAGAAAUCGACUAUCUCUACGGACUCCACUCCACUUACCAUCAAGUGAUAUAUUGUAAUUCCUACAUUCGGUUUAACCCAUGUACACAUUUAAUUGAGGCUAACUGUACAUAAAUGUGACGUCAUAGUGUUAUGAUUUGGAAACUCCGCGCAAGAAUACCUUUUUGCACAGAUAGCUUCUACCAAUUAACCGUCAGUCCAAUUUGAAUAAUGCAGUCAUGUGAUAAAUUAUAUGUAUAACUGCCAAAUUUGUAAAUAAAUCGUUUUAUUACA